AUGACUACCCCCAACCACAUACAGCCCUUUCGAGUUCCUCUGGCUCAAGAGGAACUCGGUGACCCCGAAGCUGUCACUGAGCGACAGACGAGAGAUCGCGAGGCCGUAGUUGAGCUCUGGGCCGAGGAGACCAUUGCCAACAGCCUGGAGACCCUCUACGAUGUUGUAUCCUGCACUGAUCGCGUGCUGGACGCCCUCUGUUCAUUCAGCGGCGCCGACGAAGACGAAGACGACGAGAUGGAUGACGAUGACGACGACAAGGAGGACAGCGAAGAGGACGAGGACGAGGACGAUGGUUGGUCCUUGGUCAGCGCCCCGACCGACUACGCCGAGGACGGCUGCAUCUACCUCGGCGAGCAGGUCCGGGGCGUGACCUUCCCCGUCCCCGUCGGCGCGGGCUGCCCCCGCGGCAGGGUCCGCGAGGUCCUCGAGGACCUCAACGAGGCCUGCCGCGAGAUGCUUGGCCUGCCUGCGGGUGCGCUUCCUGGCCUCGUUGGAGGCGAGAGCGAGAGCGUAAGCUCUUGCUUUACGGCCGACUCGUACGAGUAG